AUGUCACACUCGCCCCCGCUUCCAAUUUCGGACGACAACAAUGUCAUGGUCGCUAAAGAUGUGGCAGAACCAGACCAGCCGGGCCGACAGCUCCAGGACAUCAAUUCUCGCUUCCCCAAACCCUUUACGGGCAACAGAAACCUUAUGUGUGCCCCAAUUGUAACAAAAGAUUCGCAAGGCCCUGCGUUCCGCACAGCCAUUGACAAUGGAUUCAGAGAUAUCCUCAAACGACACGUCGUCAUCCACACCGAACCUAAUCCGGGCCACCGCGCGGGACCAACCAAGAAGCGGACCCGCGUGGUGAGAGCCUGCACUUCCUGCGCAGACUCAAAGCUUCGCUGCCAGGGUACUGACCCUUGCCAGCGCUGUCGUGAUAAGGGUCUCAAGUGCAUAUAUGCAAAACGACCACGGCCCUCAACGGUUUCUAGUGGUUCCACAUCAAAAACGACUGCCCCGCGCAUGGAGGCGAGCCCAGAUCCGUCAGAACAAGAGGAACCUGCAUGUCCCUCGGCUGAAAGAGAAGAAUCCAUAGGAAUGCCUUCGGAGGAAGCCUUUGUGGAUGCGUCUGAUACCUCUUGCGCAAAUCAAGUUGACCUCCCAGCUUCACAAGCACACUCGGUUUCCCACUCAGAUACGACCAGGCAAAUUUUCAGUCCGACGUCCUUCGACACAGAACUUCUCACGGAUGAUGCUGAUAUUUUUGCGGAUUUUCUCAAGGAGAUAAUACAGCCUGGCGGGGCCAACAACGACAUGGAGUCAGAUUCCGCAGGUUCCAUGGACCCGGCGCUCAAGGAUAUCCUCAACUUCAGUGGAUGGGAUACACUCUCCUCCAUGGACCAUGAUUUUCCUAGUGAGAAUCCGUGGCAGCUACCUGCGCCAUUCAGGCAAGAGGCCCUACAUAGCCCGAGGCCUGCCAGCCUGCGAGGAUAUGGUACCUUAUCCGGCGCCGAGAUCGACUUCAAGCAAUCUCUAUGGUCCUGGACACCAAGAGAGGGGGAGCAUUGGCGAAGCCAGACAACAGAACUCAUACCAUGCCUCGACGAUCUGGUUUCUGAAACUACCGCACAGAACCCUCAGACCUACGUGUGCCCCCGAAUCCUUUCAUCCACCAGGCAUCGACUUCUUAGUGCGUUGUUGUCUGUUGCCGGCGAAGCUAAUUAUGAGCGCGUCCUCUCAACUUUCCCGUCCGCGGCUACUCUGGACUACUUACUGUCAAGGGAUCUCCAGCGGCGCGGCGAAGAGCCAGACUCCUGGAUACAUCAGGCUACAUUUGAUCCCAACCUUGCCUGUCCACAACUCGUGAUUGGCCUUGUCAUCUCGGGGGCAUUCCGCUGCGGCCAUGCAUUGUUCUGGAAGCUUGGCCUUGCCUUGCUUGAGCUCCACCUGGAGCUGAACCUUCGAAUGUUCUCAAGUAACGGCCGGAAUACGCGCUUGAUCGCCCCCAUACAGUCCUAUGUCCUCACUAUCGAAGCCGGCUUGUGGAGCGGCGAUAGCAGGAGGUUGGAAAUGUGUGAAGCCUUUUCCAGCUCCUUGAUGACGAUGGCACGGAGAGCAGGAUACCUUCAACUAGAUUCUUUCAAGGGCCCUUUGCCACAUGCCGAUGAUAGCUCCGAUGUGCUCGAUUUGAAGUGGCGAAUGUGGGUAGACCACGAAUCCAGGAAAAGGCUUGCAAUCCAUCUGCUGCAUCUUUUCACGCAAUUCUCUCUGGCCCUUUUAACGCCACCUCUCGUCACCUUCAUCGAAAUGUCAAUUCCGCUGCCAGCAGCGAGAUCGUUAUGGGACGCCUCCUCGGCCGAAGACUGGCGGUCGGCCUACUUUGCCCUUGAGAACCAGAACCUUUCAUCUUUGCCCUUACUGCGGUCCUGCUGCGCAAACUUUAGCCCACUUUUGCAACUGGGCGAUGUCCAUGACGCCAGAUGCACGGCUCUCGCCAUUCUCUCAGGCUUAUGGCUCCACGUGUGGCAAUACAAGGACCGAGUCAAUGCUCGCAACAUUGCUCCCGAUUCCAUGCAUGCAAACAACGCACUAAUCAUACAAUCACUGCAGCAAGAGACGCGGGAGGCGCUUGAGGCCUUCAAGAGCAUCCACAUACAAUUGAACGGGUCUAUGGAACCAUCUUUGCAGAUCCUGCACGAGCAACAACUCAUGCACCUUUGCAUAUCCUUGGAGGACGUGCAAUAUCUCGCCGGAAAGGCUGGAGAGACCGAAGCUCGUCGCGUUCUGCAGUUGCUUAACGUCUGGGUGAGUGCCCGUGCCUCUCGCCAAGCAAUCUGGCAUGCUGGCCAGAUCAUCAGAGCCGGCCGGCAGGAGCUCAACCCAACACUGCGAGCGUCCACGGUCAUUGCAGUCUACCAUGCAAGCCUGACUCUAUGGGUGUACUCGAUUCUAUCCACCAGUCAACAGCAGCUGCAGGGUCUUCAUGUGGGAGGCGAGCCCCUAGCAUUGAUGGAUGGUGGUGAUACCCCCGCAGUCCAGCGAUUUCUCCUGAUGUCUGGAGCUAAGGCGGCCAUUACUUGUCAUACUGGGGACAUGCAGCCCAUACGGAUCCACAUCUCGCAGACUCCAACCAUCAUGGCAACUAUUGCGAGCUUGCUUUGGGAGACCUACAGAACCACGUGCCAGCGGGAGUGUCCUAGCCUCGUGGACAAUCUAACUCGUUUGAUGGAUCGGCUAGGGCGAGCCGCUGAAAGCAUUCAUUACGCUGCUGAUUUAUGCAACCUUCUGAUGUAG